AUGAACAUGUACCCAAACUGCUCUACUAAUCACACUCAAAUUUGGAGUCAUUAUUUAGUACUUGCACUGGGCAUCCCUCAACUGACCAUUAACAUAGCAUCUGUGAUCUUCAACUGCAUAGUCAUCUUCACCAGGAUUGCAACAAAAGACCUGCACAAGCCUAUCUCUAUACUUUUCUGCAAUUUGGCCUUUUCUGAUCUCUUCACCAGCUUUUCUGGCUUUUGGAUUUCAAUGCUGUUCAUCACCAAUCCUGACAUUACAAUCUUUGGAUCUAAGGACAUGCUUGCACCUUACGCCUUUUACACCAUGUCUGUUUUAUCCACCAUCUAUAACUUGGUAAGCAUUGGAAUUGAACGCUACCUGGCUGUGGCUGAAAGCAUGAGGACAAGGUUCAGGGUUGCUAGAAACCAUUCCAUAGCUGCAGUUUUAAUUAGCUGGGUCCUGGCUUUGUUUUUGGGCUGCUUGCCAUUGAUGGGGUGGAACUGCUUGAGUACGGGAAAAAAUCUCUCUGUCCUCUACAGUCCUUUUUGCAUCGACUACCUCAUCUUCAUCGCUAUUCCCAAUGUUGUGGUGGCUUUUCUUAUACCUCUGUUCACUUACCUUAGAAUCAUUAUCAUCCUGAGGAAAAGGAAGCUGAGAAUGAAAGCAUGUGGACAAGCCACUGGCACCUACAAAUCUGCUGAAAUCCAGGUUGCCAGAACCAGUAUCUUUAUUUGGCUCCUGGCAUUGGUCUCCUAUGCUCCUGUAUUCGCAGGAGUCAUAUUCGAUGCAAUUAACAAGCAGUGCCACACUGAUCUCUACCCAGGAGUCUAUAUCUUCCGAAACUGCACAGCUAUGCUGAUAACCAUAAACUGUUUGGGAAACCCCAUCAUAUAUACCCUGAAAGCCAAAACUCUGGGGGCUAAGCUCAAGGCUCUGAAAUGCCUCUUCACUGCCCAUGUCCAAGCCUGCACCCUUGAGAACACCUAG